AUCUUCGGAAAGUGGGAAUAAACACACAAGUGGCUGCAGAACUCCAAAAAAUGACAACGGUGUCGCCUACAGAGCAGAAUGAAUCCAAGGGCGUUGGUGGCUUCCUGGACGCCAAUGUGUACGCCACCAAGAAGUCCAUUGCGCAGGGGAUGCUAGACGUGGCUUUGCUCACGGCGAAUGCCUCACAGCUCAAAUAUCUACUACAGGUAGGACACAAGCACGAAUUCUACACCAUAAUGGUCUCAUUGAUCGCGACGUCGAUCAUACUGCAAAUCCUGGUCGGAGCGUUCAUUGUCAUACUGGGCACAGUCAACUUGAACAGGGAAAAGAAUCAUGUGCGAGCGAAUGUCCUCAACAACAUGGUCACGAUCUUCAUUUUCAUUAUAACUGUUGUAAAUAUUGUAAUUUCCUCAUUCGGAAUGAAAGGUUCCGACACCCCAGCAUUUAUCGGAUCGACCGCCGCCUAGGUGCUCGAAUACCGAGAGCCCGGAGGCUAGCGCUAUCAACACUUGGUAGACUCCGAGUUUUCGAGCUCCCCCGGAAAAUCGAACGAAUUAAGUAGACUUCGAAUUCUUACCAUACGUGAUCGAGCGUUUGCAUCCUAGAGCAGAUCACAAAAGGGACUCUUUCUGAGAAAAUCGAGGUGGAAUGCGGUUCUCUAAUUGACUUGAGAAGAAGAAGAAAAACGGAGAGAGCCCCUACAACUGUAAAUCGGUAGCGGAUUAUUGAUUUUUCGGUGAAGCUUCACAAUUUGUAACACGAGCCUGAAUUAUUCCAAUUCGAGUCGGCGCAUGUACAGAGACCGCUGGAAAUGCUCGGAUCGAGGACAGCCGGACCUGAGACGUGGGCCGCAGCGGAAACCUCAUCGAGCUUAAUCUGUAAAAAUCGCCUCGUCCAACACGG